CAGUGCGGUCAGUCUCAGCAUCUCUCCGUGAGAGCCCUAAGGUGCUGAAAUCCCACUUACAAGGUGGGGGUGCCGGUGGUGAACUGAUUCCUGAAAUUUAAUGAAUCCCAUUUACAAGAAAAGCGUUUCGUUUUUAGAUCUACCUUGAUAGUGUGAAUCUUAUGCGCUUCUGGGUGAUCGUAUCCACCACUCCUUCUCUUCGCCGCACACCACCGGAACAUUUCAGCUGGAUGUAAAGAAGAAGAAAGAGAAGAAGAAAACACCGGGAAGCGGACGGGUAUUGUUCAGUUGAACUAUCCCAGCGGCGUGCUUCUUCUAUAUUUUGGUGACUAAAAUGCGUUAAAAAAGUACUUUUAUAAUGUCGCAGUGACUGCGCUUCGAAUCAUCCACAACUUCACUUUCAAUCAGAGGAUUUUAUGGAGACCAAUUCCGUCAAGUCACGGACCACUGCGCUUCCACAAUAAGGACUUGACUGCAGUGCAAGGAGAAUGAGGAGUCACCGGGGAAGGUGGAAGCAGCAUGAGUGGCCUCUGUAUCACUGUUAGACUGACGGCCCUCAUGUUUCUAUGGAAGUGGUUAACAUUAAGCCUGCUAUUGAGCUUGUUGUUGGUAUGGGCCACGGCUGCGGAGCCUGCUGUGGCUGGCUCGACUGGCUCUACAAGGACCCUGGGCUGGCUACUGACGGGCAAGGGCCCCUUUCACCACUCGCAGGACUUUAUUGAUUUUACAGAGCGCUACCAGCAAGGAUACACCACCAAGUAUAAGAUAUACAGGGAGUUUGGACGAUGGAAGGUGAACAGCCUGGCCUUGGAAAGGCAAGUGAACAAUGGCUUUCCUUUUCCACUGGACCCAGAGUUCCUCCAGACCAUUAGGCAGCUUGGAAGAAGGCCCAGUCUCAGUGCCAUCACUGACAACAUUAUUAGGAAAUACGGAACCCACUUCCUCCUCUCUGCCACGCUGGGAGGGGAAGAGUCUUUAAUGAUCUUUGUGGACAAGCGGAAGUUGAGUCGGUCAUCUGAAUUGAGUGACACCAAUGGCACAGCAGUGCCUCUGGAGGCUCUCCACCAGCUUGCUGCCUCCUACUUCAUCGACAGGGAGAGCACCCUGCACAAGCUGCACCACAUCCAGAUUGCCUCUACUGCCAUCAAGGUGACUGAAACAAGGACAGGCCCUCUUGGAUGCAGUAACUAUGACAACCUCGACUCUGUCAGCUCCGUUUUGGUUCAGAGCCCCGAAAACAAGAUUCAUUUGCAAGGGCUCCAUGCCAUACUGCCAGAAUAUCUGAGGGCCAGGUUUGUGCAGGCAGCUCUCAACUACAUUGGCUGUAAUGAGGAGGGCCAAUUCGUGUGCCGAGACAAUGACUGCUGGUGUCAGUGUGCUGCGGACUACCCACAGUGUAAUUGCCCCAAGUUGGAUUUGAAGUCUUUGGAGGCCAGUUUGCUGCAAAUUCGAGAUUCUUGGAACAUAGCCAACCAAGACUUUGAGGAGUCAGAGGAGUUCCAGAACUUCGUUCAAAGGCUUCCCACAGUGUAUGCUUUGAACACAUCAGCCAUUGAGUACUUCUGGAAAAUGGAACCAGCUAUUAAUCAACGCUACAAACAGCUGGAGCUCAACACCCAGCAGUUUCUGAGCAAAUCUGGACGCAUCAUCAACAAGCUCUUCACCCUCAGCAAGAGGUGUCGCACCAAGCCCAAAAUCAUUAGGCUGAUGGAGAGACCUUUCAGCUACUGGCUGAACUACAUCCUCUCCAUCAUGUACUGCAGUGAAAACAACCAUAUUGGCUCAUACUUGGAGGCGACCCGAAGUUGUUCCUGUCCGUACGAGCAUACCCCCUGCCAGGGUGUAAUACCCUGCACAGUGGGUGCAGGGACCUUCUGUGCAUCCUGUUCCUAUGAAAAUCGCACCCGCUGUGCCUCAUGCAAUCAGGGUUACAUGCUGAGCCAGGGUGUAUGUCGGAAUGAAGUUCCAGACUCCAUUGACCAUUACAUCGGCUUCGAGACAGACCUGCAGGACUUGGAGUUACGCUAUCUUCUGCAAAAAUGUGAUAACCGGAUCAAUAUCCACAGUAUCUUCGUCAGCAAUGAUGUCAGGCUAAAUAACUGGUUUGACCCAUCAUGGAGAAAGCGGAUGCUGCUGACUCUGAAAAGUAACAAAUACAAGUCAAACCAUGUCCACAUGCUACUGGGGAUUUCUGUUCAAAUUUGCCUUACCAAGAACAUCACAUUGGACCCAAUGUUGUCUAUCUAUAUCAAUCCAUUUGGAGGAAGUCACUCAGAGAGUUGGAUCAUGCCCACAGACCAGAACAACUACCCAGCCUGGCAGAGGACUAAAUUAGACCUUCCCCAUGAUUGUUAUAACUGGACUUUGACUUUAGGCAACAAGUGGAAAACCUUUUUUGAGACAGUUCACUUUUAUUUGCGGAGUCGCAUCAGGGGCCCUUCAGGUAUUGGAAAUGAAACAGUGUAUUAUGAACCCUUGGAGUAUUUAGAACCUGGGCAAAAUCUAGGCCACAUGAAGAUAAACAACAUACAGGUGUAUGGUUACAGUAUGCACUUUGACCCAGAAGCGAUCCAGGACUUAAUUUUACAACUAGACUACCCAUACACUCAAGGAUCACAGGACUCAGCCCUGCUGCAGCUGUUGGAGAUCCGGGAUCGGGUAAACAGGCUUUCGCCACCCGGAGCUCAGCCUUUGGAUCUCUUCUCUUGUUUGUUACGGCAUCGGCUCAAACUUUCAACGACAGACGUUGCCAGGAUCCAGGCUGCGCUGCAGAAUUUCAGUGCCAAGCAACCCAAGCCGUUGGAAUAUGAAACAACCAAAUUAUGUAGCUAAUAAGCGGGCAGGAAGCCACGUGCCCAGAUGGCAGAAAUAUUGUUGCACACACUCUUGAUGAUGGUUAAGCGCAAUUCUGGAUUUGUGCAAAGGACGUUUGAGGGACAUGAUGUUUGAGGGACAAAAUUCACUUUUUCAAAAAAAAUCUAAAAACUGACUGCUAUUUGACAGAUGCUUACAAUAUUAUCUAACGUUGUCAUCACUCAUAGGUUGGCAAAAUGUAAAGUGCAAAAACUGCAAAACUCAUAAAGAAACCAUGAGUUCCACAAGUAUUAAACAAUGUAGUGAUCUCACAUAUAUAUAUAAACGUUUCAACACCAGCUUUUUUUUAGUACUUUUCAUUAUUUGAUCAUAUUUUGAUGUUAGGACAGUUAAUAUCUUGACGUUUUAUUUUAACUUAGAAUUUGAUUGUUAGAUAAUUUUCAGAUUUUCCUGUCAUAAUAUAAGAAUACAUUGGAAACUCUUACAAUACAUGUUUUGUAUGAACAGAACCCAUAAAUUAAGAAAUGUAUUCCACCAGAUUUACUCAGACAAAAAUACACUAUGAUCAUAAAAUUUUAGAUGUGUGUUUAUUUUUAUAAUGUUUACUGUUUGUGAAAAAAUACAGCCUACAAAAAUGUAUUAUAAAAUUUGUUAAUACACUAAAUAAAAAUCUUUUUACGUGUG